CAGUAAUCUAUGUGUGACAGUGCGUUAUGUAAAUGAAAUAUUAUACUAACAACUUUCCUACGCGGCCAUUCAAAUUAUCUGAGAUGAGUGAAAACAUGCCAGUGUACUGAAAUCUAAAGCAGAUAAAGGACACCUCUAACUAAAUAAGUCAAUAAAGUGCUUUAAAUAGAAACAUUCAAGUUAGAAAUGUGGAUUCGGUUUUGUUUAGAAGAAAGAACAUGGAUUUAUUUUUAUUUUUAAUAACGAUAUUUUACCUUCCACUGAUUACAAGAACACAACCGUUUAUCGAUUGCUCUGGUAAGUCAUUUCUUUGCGAGAAUUCGACACAUUUUACAAUUUGUGUAGACGUCGGUGGGGGUGUGUCUAUGACAGUGGGGAAUAUUGUCUUGUCAUGCCCACCUACAACAUUUUGCGAUGAAAAUAAUGCAUUCGAAUGUGAAUAUCGAACAUCGACAUCGAUUACACCAAACACUAUUUCUCAAGGUACUGAUAUAACUACAGAGACAACCGAGGCAAGGUUAACGACAAACAUUUACGACGAAUUUCUUUUUACAAGUGACUCGCAGCAAGUUGAGGCAAAUAAUGUUUUACCAACACAACAAAAGUAUAUAAUCCCAGGAAAUGCAAAUGUGAUAUUCGAUGAUACAGACAAUGCUGUACUUGUGUAUGGAAAUAUUGACAGUGAAGUGGUAAAUAGUACUCCAAUAAAUGAAAAAGUAACAAAAAAUAACAUGAAUAAGAAAUUUACAAGAAGAAAUAAAGAACCAACACCAAAGUUUGAAGGGGCGCGUAAUGAAUUAAGCACUAAUACUGUACAGACUACAGAUACCACAAAUACAGUUAUGACAACGUUCAGUGAAUUAACCAGCGAUAGUGUUACCACUGAAGAAUCCUCUACCCUAGAAUAUGUAACCGCCACUACGAACGUUGAAAUUUCAGUGACACCAUCAAUUUCUGUUCCAGAUAUUGGAAGCAAUCACUCCAAUAUGGCUCAUAAUACUUCAAGACCGAAAAAUAACACCAAAAAUAUCAUCAAAAAUAAUAAAAAUGUAGAUUUAAAAACAAAUAUCACUGUGAAUAAACUAGUUGACGAUGAAUUAAGUUCAAAAAUAAUUGAAAGAUCUCCUUUUAAUGCAUUACAAUCUAAUUCAACCCUUUCAGCUGCAGUUAACAGUAUAUCUCUUAAUAUUUCCCAUAAUAAUGAAACAAUUAAAGACAAAGCGAAAGAAAUGCUACAACAAAACAGCAACAAAACGCAUUCGAAAAACAACAUGUUAAAAACCAAUGAGGGUACAAUAGCAAUACAGAGGACAACAGUAUCAUCAACUGAAUGGGUGGAUGUAACAUUAGAUUUAAAUAUACCAACGGAAAGUUAUAUUACACACUCAAAUGAUAUACCUUCUAUUUCAUCGGUGCAACAAAUUGAAACCAUUUCUACAACACCGGAGAAAAGAGUAACAUCGAACUUAAAUAUUCCAACAGAAGGAUAUGAUGAAAUUGAUACAUCAUCAAAAGAUGUUAUUCUCUCAAACUCUAGUCAACUUUUCGUUGAUAAAAUUUCCACAACACCAAAGACGGUAUCGGAAAAAUAUGCUCAAAAUGCUACAAUCUCAAAUAAUAUUCCUUUAAAUGCUUCUGCGCAUGAAUUUAAGGCAAUUUCUACAACAGCGAAUGAAAGUGUAACUUCGAACUCGAGUAAAACUGCUCAAAAUGGUAAAUUCACAAAAUAUAUAACUCCAUCAAACUCAUCUGGCCAACAAAUUGAAACAACUUCGGCAGCACCGAAAACUAUAAUAUCAAAGUUGAGUACGCCAUCGAUAAUGUCUGCUCAAAAUACAACAUUCUCAACUGAUGUUCUUUUCAACUUUUCGACGAAUCUAAAUAAAACAAUUUCUACAACUACAACACCGGUUAAAAUUGUAACAUCGAACUUAAACACGCGAACAGAAAUUUACGCUCCAAACGAUAUGUUUUCAAGGGGUAUUGUUCUUCCAGACUCUUUAGACUUCAAUUCCGCAGGCAACUCAUUAAAAACAGCAACUUUGAGUAACGACAAAUUAAAUAAUGAGAAUACAAUAUUUUUUGAAGAUCUCGUUCAUCCUACUCCAAAGCUUAAAAAUGUAACAGCACAUGUGAGUACGACUACCCCAACAUAUAUUCAAAAUGGUAUAAUGCCGAAUCCCAUUAUUCCUUCGGAAUCCUCCGAAUUUGAUAUCACUUUCGGCGAUAUAUUGAAAGUUGACAAAGAGUCUACCGAUAUAAAAUCAUCUAAGCAGGUUAUUUUCACAGAAAAAGCUGUUUCAGAUUCUACUAUAAACCCUGAUAGCAUACUGUCGGACAAGAAUUUCCAUACUUUAAAUAAAAAUACAAACGUUAGCCUCGAUACUAUAACUGACAAAUUAAAUACCAACGUCAGUACAGAUCUUAAUACUGAAAUAACUACAGAUAAAACAAUGUUAGUUAUGAAAACUCUAAAUAGUACAUUAAAUACAAAUGUAGAAACAAUAACAGAAUUUACUACAGAAAAUAUAAUAACAUUGCAACAAACAGAUAGUUACCAAACGACGUUGAGAAGUAACGAUUUAGGAGACAUUAAGAAUACAUUAUUUGAGGAUACAGAUUACAGUGUACUCUUAUUUCCUGCAAGCACAGUUGAAACUUUAGUAACGGAAUUGAGUACAACACCGCAAGCAUAUAUUCAAAAUGAUAUUUCAAAUCCCAUUAUUCCGAAUGAAUCUCCGGACUUCGAUAUCAGUUUUGGUGAUUUAAUAAAGGGUAACAAGGAUUUUAUAGAAUUGAAAUCACCUUUGCAUAUCUCUUUUACAGAUCGUCCUAUUUCAGAUUUGAGCGAAUUAUCUGAAAAUCGGGAAAGUUUAAGAAAUUUCAGGUCCACUUCGCACAACAAUUCUUUAAAUUAUGACAUAAUAUCAAAUUCUAGUGAAAAAAAUAUUAAACCCAAUGAUAUAUUUGAUACGAUUGAGACAAAAAAUCAUAAUAUUUCUGUUACUAAUGUAGUAGAUCCCCAAGAUAAUUUUGUUAAUAAUGAAACAGUUAUUGUUGCCAACGAUAAUUCAAACAAAGACUUUUUAUUAAACAGAACAAAUACUAAGGUAAACUCUACUGUAUUCAUCCCAAAUACGAAAAAUAAUUUAGAUCCUGCUAAGAUACACAAGGAAAUUAUUAAGAAAAUUCCAGAUGCAGAUAAAAUUAUUAGUCCAAUAAAUAACUUAACUAAUCAUGGUUUAAAUAUAACUACAGAGGAUAUUGAAGUUAAAGAAUAUACCAAUUCAAAUAAAACUAUGAAAAAUGCUAAGUAUUUAUCAGCAGACGAAAAGAGACUUCAAGAUAAAGUACCAGAAGUAGAAAUUUUGAGUACUACCACUACAUCUAUACGGACAUCAGAUGAUAUACGAAACCAUACCGAAACAAUUAAACGAAUCGAAAGCGAACUUUUAAAUAGCACAAUAAAUAAACUAAUAAACUCUACUCAAUCCCCAUCGGAAACUUCCUACUAUUUUACAAACACUGAGAAUACCACAUUAAAUUCCGCUAUAAGUGAAAAUAAAACAAUCGAAUCGAUAAAAAACAAUACAAUAGAUUUACUUAAAAGGAUAUUGCUAGAAAAUAAUAUGACAGAAGAAUUGACACCUAGUAAUAAUGGUGAAAUCUUUAAAAAUAAUAGUGUAGAGUCAAUUGAAGACAUAACUAAACCUAUUUUGAAUUUACCUAAUAAAUCUGUCGAUUUAUUAAAUAAUGUUAUAAAUACAGAAGCGAAAGUUUCAAAUCCUGACAACAGUAAAGAUCAAACAAAAGAUAUCCCAGAAAAGACGUAUAUUACUGAAGAGCCAAUAUUAAAUUCUUUUACUUUACUUGAUAAUAUAACAGAAAAUACGCCCGCUAUUUUAUUUAAUGCAAAUACAAAAAAUGGUUUAGAUACUUUUAUAUUUUAUAAGGAAAUUGAUGAAAAAAAUAAAAAAGCAGAGGAAAAAAGUAGUCCGGAAAUUAACCUAAGUAAUAAUAUGUUAAAUGUAACUGCAGUGCCUACUGCAGAGAAAGGACUUACAAAAUCUAAUCAAACUAAAGACAACGCUACGUAUGCAGUAAGUGAAAAGGGAGUAAUAAAUAAAUUACCUAUAUCAACCGUAUUAACAGAAAAUAUCACUGUACGAUAUAAUAACAAUCUAAAUGAUAAAAACAUUGAGAGUGUACCAAGUACAGACAUCGCUACAUCUAUUAUGAAUGAUGUACGGAAAAAUAAUAUGAUAAUCAAGCGACCAGAUAGUGAACUUCUAAAUAAAACAUUGAAUGUAUUAAACUCAACUAAAUAUUCAUUGCAAACAUCUAACUAUUUAACAAAUACUGAAGGCAUUACAAGUUACGAUCAAAAUGAAACAAUUGAUGCGUUACCGAAUAAUACCGGUGAUUUACUUCAAAGUGAGACGCGUAAUAAUGGAGAAAUAGUGAACAAUAAAAACGUAUUGUCUUCUGCAAAAACCACAACGGAAUCUGUUUUGAAUACAUCCCAUUUUACGUCUGUCGAUCCAGUAAAGAAUAUUAUACAUACAGAUUCAAUUUCUAACUCUAACAUGGAUAAUGACCAAACAGAAAAAAUCUUUACAAAUGGAUAUUUAACUGAAGCUCCAAUACUAAAUUCUUCUGCUAUACUUGAUAAGGUAGCAGAAAAUCAGGCUGUUACGGAGAAAAACAUAGUCCACGAAAAUAAUAGUAACCUACAUAAUACAGAAAACACCACUGAACGCACUCUACACACACCUACAUCUAUCGGCAAUAAAAGCAUCUUGAAUGAUACCUUUGUCGAUAUGAUAAAGAAUAAUCAAAAGGCACCAAUUUCUAUCCCGAUUAACAAUGAACGGCAGGCAACUGAUUUUACUGAAAGCCCUACUGUUUUAACGAAUAACAACAAAGUUCCAAUGAUGAUUAAGAAUAGGCAGAAUAGACCAGAACAGCUUCUUAUAGAAGAUAAUAGAAAAGAAAAUGUAAAUGAAUUUGCUUCUAAUAACUCCAAGAUCGUCACUAAACCCACGUUAAAGAAACCUGUAUUAACCACAAACUCAUACAUCGUCGAUAAAGCAAAUGAUGAUUUAGAGAGUAAAGUAGCAAGCAAUACCAAACAAUUGCAUGCUACUAAACAUAAUCUUCCAAAUAAUUCUAAAUCCACUUUAAAUAUACCUCAUAAAACAAUGACAACGGAAAAUGUUCAUUUAACCACUGAAAGCGAAAAUCUUCAAAUAACUUCUACAUCGUUAAUCAAUAAUGAUACUUCGGCUCUAAAAACGUCCCAAAAUCAAGCUUAUAAUGAAAAAAUAUCCAAUAAAAGGAAGUAUCAAAAUACAAUAUAUGAUGCCUUUGUAAAUUCAUUACAUGAAGACCUAAAUUCUACCUUACAAAGUUCCAACUCUACCAAUAAAAAUGAGAAACAUACAACUUUAAAUUUGGAAAAUAUAAAAGAAAAAGUCACCGCAGGAGACUCUCAACAAGUAAAUAAUAAUUUCACAACGAUUUCAUCACGUAAAUUCCUCAAUGCAACUAAAUUGUUAAUACCCAAAAACUCUACUUUGACGGUAUUAAACAAAACGAAUUAUUCAAUGAUAAAUGCAAAUGUUAAUACAAGUAAAGCAAUCGUUGACCACGGUUUAAAUAAAAUAUUGCAAACAAAUAAAUCAGUUAUGAACAUUGCUACGGCUAAUAUAAAUAAUAGCAUAGUUAAUAAAUAUGAGCAGGAAAAUUUGAAUUCAAAGAGUAAUUUUAAUAAAGGUUAUGAUACACCCAUAAAUCCAGGAAAUUUACAUUUAAAAUUGAACAAAGUCACAACCAAAAGUAUUGACAACAUUGAAAAAGUACCCGAACAAAUGAGAGAUGACAAAGUUACCGAACAAUCGCAACAUAACAUCAAAAAUUUAACUUUACUAAAAGAAAGUAAAAAUGGAUCUAUCAUACAAAAAUGUUCCAAUAGAAGUAUUUGUAUAAGUCAAGCAAAUGGACAGGUAUCCAUAGAAUUAUAUAAUAAAACUAGAAUAAACGUGAGUAUAAGAAAUAAAACUGAUUCUAAUACAAAAGAAAUGAGAAAAGACGAUAAUGACCAUGCACUAAAUACUACUAUAAUUAACAUUUUACCUAGGACUAAAAAUAAAAUAGAAACUCAAACUAAAACUACACCUUUUAUCCCAACAUAUCUUAAUCGAACUAUUGUUGAAUUCAAAAAUGUUAACACCACAGACGUUGUUAAUACUAAAAGUUUUAAAGAUGGACUCCCAUUAAAAACUUCGGAUUUAGUGAAAACCAAUGUAAUGCAUAGGAAUAAAGAUUCAACAGAGCCUUCAAAACGAUCACAAGGUAUUCAUCAUUUGACUUCUAAUAACCAUGAACUUAAAAGGCAAAUUCAAAAUAAUACACAUAUCAACAUAACAAUAGUCCCAGUCGUGAAGGAAAAAAGCAAGGAAUAUAAAAUUGUAAAAAUAAAUGAAAUGCCCAUCAAAAAUAUUCAAACAACAACUAAAUCAUCAUUAAUUUUACAAAAUAGUGAACAAUCACGUACAGCUACUUCGAAGACAUAUAAAGAAACGCCAAAAUCUUCACUCACCUUCGAUUGUAGAAACCAUUCUCGGGGAAGAUAUGCAGAUAAAGACAAUUGUAGGAAAUUCUACAUUUGUAUUGGCUAUAGUACACCUAUUGUUGGUUUCUGUCCAGAGAAUACAGUUUUCAGUGAAUUUAAAAAGCAAUGUACUAAUAAUUUAUCACAUUGUAUUCGAAAUAACCAAUUUAAAUGUGUUAAAGAUGGUAGAUUUAUUGAUGUAUGGCAAGAUAAUAUGUAUUAUUUAUGUGUUAAGGGCCCCAACCACAGAUUCUUAAGACUAAAGUUGCAAUGUAAAAGUGGUUAUAUUCUUGAUAAAGUUAACGUGACGUGUAAACAGGGUAAAAAGGAUAUGAAACUGUCAUCGUCGUCUUCAAACUCGUCUUCUUCAUCAUCAUCCAGUGAUAGAAAGAAGAAUAAAAGCAAUAAAAAGUCCAACAAAAAAUUAUCCAAUGAUACUGGUUUCAAAUGUAACGAAGAAGGCAAGUUUGUAGAUCCUAAUAAUUGUAGAAAAUAUUAUGUGUGCUCGAAAACAUCAAAGUCUGUACUACGUCGUAAGAGAAAGAAGUGUGAUUCCGAUGAAGUUUUCGACGAUGACAAAAAGAAAUGUGUUGACGAAGAUAGUUACGAAUGUAAAUAAAGUUAACGCUAUUUGUUUUAUAUA